AUGAAUGACUCUUUGACCGAUGCCCACGGCCCACCCCGCAAAAGGAUGCGGAAGGGCACCAGAAGCUGCAUGGAAUGCCGACGUCGAAAGAUUCGCUGCACAUACGAUUCUGAUCGCUGCGAGAUCUGUAACGAAUGUCGUUUAAGAGGCUCGAAAUGUUUUGAUCAGGAACAUGUCUCGGACGACCCAAGCGCUGGUCCUGGCUCUGGCCCGUCGGAGCGAUAUAGCCUCCGGGAGCGAGUCGCAUAUUUGGAGACUGUAGUACAAGACUUGGCAAAAAAAUUGGAUCAGACUAAUGCUUCUAUUUCAAAAUGUCAAACUUCACCGGGGAACUUGACGCCUGUAUCUACGGAACCUGAUAGACUAGGCCCGUCAAGUGAAAAGAUUGAAAAUGCACCUGUGUUGCAGCUAUUUGACAACUACCUUGUCAGUCGCCGCGACGACCCAUCCAGCAACGAUCAGUUUAUGGGCGUGAAAGAUACGUCAGCUAAGGCCCGAGCAGUCAGACUCGAGCUCAUUUCAAUGUUUCCUUGCGACCGGGACAUUCAAAGAAUCUUAUCUCAAGCUUCCCACUUAUGGUGCAUGUGGGAAGAGGAUAUUCCGGCGCUGCACAAGGUCUUCGCUGCAAGAUAUGAUGUCCCAGAGACCCUGGUUGCACCAGCUGAUCUAGCGAAAGCGCUAGUGUGUCUCUCUGUCAGCAUGCUUCAGUCUCCUCCUCAUUUUGACUUUAACACGCUGCAAAAUUCGAUGAAUCCACAAGAAUUCGCCUCUCGAUGCUGUGAAGCGGUUGAUAGGCUGGUUAUUCGUGAUGAUGAUUUCUCGGCAACCCUUCCGGGGAUAGAAUGUCACUUGCUGCUGUCCAAAUUUCACAUGAAUGAAGGCCGACUACGCAAAGCAUGGCUAAUCAAUCGUCGAGCUAUUGAAUUGGCUCACCUGGCGGGAAUGCAUUUGUCAACCCGAAGUCCCCAGCCAUCAGACACUUUGUUUGAGAGGCGACUCAAAAUUUGGUGUUCCUUGGCUACGUCAGAUCGAUCCAUCAGUCUCAUACUUGGUCUUCCAUAUGUCAUUUCCGAUACAUUCUUCUUACCACAAGUGGAGCGACGUUUGAAGUCUGCGGAGUCUGCUGCUGAACAAUACAUGCUCCGACUUGGUGUUAUAACAGGCCACAUGAUCGAUCGCAAUCAAAAUCCCACCGAAAUGUGUCUUGAGACUACCUUGAAGCUCGAUCAAGAACUCGUGGAUGCUUACAAUUCCAUGCCGAAUACAUACUUCGGUUCAGAGCGUGGCUCGAACGAAAGUAGAGAGCAGUACUUGGAACGGGUUCCGCUUCAGUUUAUGCCCAAGGUUGUGCGGGCUCUUCUCCAUUUGCCUUUUAUGUUGAAAUAUCCUCAUGAUCCAAGGUUCAGAUACUGCCAUAAAAUGGCCAUUCAAUCUGCUCGGGAGGCACAGGUCUUAUACAAAAUCCUUCGAUCAAAUGCUCGUUCCUAUCUGUGCAAGAUCAUCGAUUUCAUGGCUUUUACCAUGGGUAUGCUGCUGAUAGUUCACUUAUAUGGCUAUUCUGAAGAGCAGCCAGAUCACAGCAAAGACGAAGAUGAACGAGACUGGGCUCUGAUCGGAGAACUCGUCGGGAUUCUCCGUCAAGCCGCCUCCGAAAGUGGGGGAUCCGUUGCUGCCGAGUCAGCUAAUAUACUUGGUGAGAUGUAUAACUGUCGAUUAGAAAGUGAAAAGGGUGACUGGGAUAUAGCGGCUCAUUGCAAGAUUACCGUGCCUUACUUUGGGACAAUUACUGUGGGUGCCGGUGCCAAGUUUGCUGGUAUGAGGAAGAAGGGACAGUUUCCUGCAGCGCCUACUCCAGAUCUUAGCAUCUCGUCCUCUCAGAGGACUCCCGGUCAGCUUUAUACUCCGCCUUCGUCUGAUCAGGAUGGUGUACCGACUGUGGCAAACACCAACAUCAAUGAUCAUACCCCGGUUGCCGAUGCUGCAGGGUGUGACUCGAACCAGUCGCUUCCUACAAACGAUGAUGUCUCAAACAACGCUAUUGCGGGCUUAGAGGGUAAUGCCUUCAGUGCACUGUUUGAUGAUAUUGGACAGUAUAUCUUUCCGAACACCACCAAUGUCGACCUGGGACUAGAUCAGGGUUGGAACUUGAAUUGGUUUGACGGCAACAUGCUACCACAGUAA